UUCGCUGCAGCGUCCCCGGCCAUCUCCUCCGGCCGAUGCCGGCAUCCGGCUUCCGUGUUCCAGUCCCUGCGAGCAUCGGGAUGUCCGGGGGCCGGAACCGGCGGCAAAUUUAAAUAUUUUAGAAACUGUCAUUUUCUAAUAAACGAAUUGUUUACAGAUUACUGUUUCAAAGCAUUUCACAUACAUUUUGUCCCUACUGCUUUGUCCUGUGCCCUGCCUGCAUUUUGACUGUUCUUUCUGCCUGGAAACGUAGAAAAGUCCAUGGCGUCCAAAAAGCAUCGCUUUAGGUCAAAAGAGGUUUUAGACCAGCUAGAGAACAGCGAUAGUAAAUCAGAACCACUUGCAGAAUUGAGUGACAAUGAUUCGUGGGGAAAUUCGUCAUCAGACACUGA